AUGUCGAUCAAGUCUUCUCCUCUUUAUUCUCCAUCAAACUUUUACAUUGCCAACUCAAUUACAGACCAGGCAAAGGCUGCAGCUGCUAGCACAUCUCAAGCAGUAGUUGCUACACCACACAAGAUCGUGGUCAACUCUCCUGAGUAUUUUGGUUUUUGCACCCUCGGUGGGAUUUUAGCAUGUGGACCCACACACUCGGCCGUCACACCACUUGAUCUUGUCAAGACACGGCGUCAGGUGAACCCAGCACUCUACAAGAGCAAUAUUGAAGGCUGGAAAAGCAUUAUUAAAACAGAAGGUGGACUCCCUGCUGUGUUUACUGGUGUUGGUGCAACCUUUAUUGGGUACUCAUUUCAAGGUGCAGGAAAGUAUGGCUUAUAUGAACUGUUUAAAUAUCUAUAUGGUGAUUUGCUUUUGGGCCCUGAAACUGCAUUCAAUUACCGUACUUCUUUGUACUUGGCCUCUUCAGCUACUGCCGAGUUCAUUGCUGACAUCUUCUUAUGUCCUUGGGAGGCUAUCAAGGUGAAGCAGCAAACGUCAAUUCCUCCUUACGCCAAAUCUGUUUUUGAAGGCUGGCGCAAAGAAGUUGCAGCUGAGGGAAUUGCCGGUCUAUACAAGGGUCUUACACCCCUCUGGGCCCGCCAAAUCCCCUAUACAAUGGUAAAGUUUGCAUCAUUUGAGCGCGUGGUCGAAGCCAUUUACAACAAGCUUCCUAAGAAGAAGGAAGAAUAUUCUAAACUGGCACAAACUGGUGUGUCGUUCCUUGGUGGUUAUAUUGCCGGUAUCUUUUGUGCAGCUGUAUCGCAUCCUGCCGAUGUGAUGGUAUCUAAGGUGAAUGUUGAACGUGAGGCAGGUGAGUCCAUGGUUCACUCUCUGAGCCGCAUCUACUCCAAGAUUGGCUUUAUGGGUCUGUGGAACGGCUUGCCAGUACGUAUCGUCAUGAUUGGUACUCUGACGGGCAUGCAAUGGUUGCUGUACGACUCAUUUAAAUUGGCUGUGGGGCUUCCCACAACUGGUGGGCAUUAG